UUCUAAGAGCGAUUCAGACUCACUGGGGGUCACGCACGCACAGGGCUUGGAGUUGAACCUUCCCUGCCUAGACCAGGCUGGCAGAUUUUAAGCUGGAAGGUGGAGAGAGGAGUAACGCCACCUAGUCAGCGAUAUUGCACCAACUACUCCCUGACAUCCUCUGGUUUCCUUGUUGCAUCUACAUGGAGUCACAGGGUGUUCCCUACUGAGCCCGAGUGUGUGUGUGUCCUUUACGCCACUUCAACCUCUCAAAAUCCUUCCCUUUGGGCCUUUCCCAUAAACACAUUCUUACAGGCAGCUAUAAAAGACCAACUCGUCUAAGCAGAAAAAAGUUUCUAGCUGCCACAGGAGAUCAAGGCACAUGGCAGUGAUGAAAGUGCUUCUGCAUCUCCCGGCCCUCCUGGCUUCCCUGACCUUGCUCCAGACUGCAGCAUCUGCCAGAAAUGCCCCAACUGCUGAAACUGUCGCCAUCCGUGACACGGUGGAAGAGGUCAAGGUCUGGGUCAACAAGGCCUUCCUGGAUUCCCGGGCCAGGCUGAAGAUGGCCAUGAUCACCAAGGUACAUAGCACCCGUCUUCUCUCAGACUAUCUCAAGCAUGCUAAAGGCCGCACACGCACAGCAAUCCGAAGCGGGCAGGUGUGGGAGGAGUCUCUAAAGAAACUGACUCAGUUUCUCACCAAUGUCACAGGCCAAGGCCUGGACUUGACUUCGCUCUCUUGGGAGGCUGGCUGUGACCCCCCUGCUCCAACAGUGACUUGUAACAUAAGUAGCCCUUACCGGACCAUCACUGGAGACUGUAACAACAGGAAGAAUCCAGCGCUGGGAUCCGCCAACAGGGCGCUGGUUCGAUGGCUGCCCGCAGAGUACGAGGACGGGCUCUCCCUCCCCUACGGGUGGACGCCGGGGAAGACGCGGAAUGGCUUCCCUCUCCCGCCGCCCCGUGAAGUCUCUAACCAGAUCGCUGCCUAUCUGAAUGAGGAGGACGUUCUGGACCAAAAGAGAUCCAUGCUGUUCAUGCAGUGGGGUCAAAUCGUGGACCAUGACAUGGACUUUGCCCCUGAAACUGAAAUGGGGAGUGAUAACUACACCAAAGCCCAGUGUGAUGAACACUGUCUCCAGGGAGACAACUGCUUCCCCAUCAUGUUCCCAACUGGUGACCCUAAACUGAAGACUCAGGGGAAAUGCAUGCCUUUCUUCCGAGCCGGAUUUGUCUGCCCCACAUCACCCUACCAGUCCCUGGCCCGAGAGCAAAUCAAUGCUCUAACCCCUUUCCUGGAUGCUAGCCUAGUGUAUGGCCCCGAGCCGAGCCUGGCAAAUAGACUCCGAAACCUCAGCAGCCCCUUGGGCCUCAUGGCUGUCAAUGAAGAAGUCUCAGACCAUGGACGGCCCUUCCCGCCUUUUGUCAAAGUGAAACCCAGCCCCUGUGAGGUCAUCAAUGCCACAGCUGGUGUGCCCUGCUUCUUGGCAGGAGACUCCCGAGCCUCAGAGCAGAUCUUGCUGGCCACAUCUCACACACUCUUUAUCCGGGAGCACAACCGGUUAGCCAGAGAACUAAGCAGACUCAACCCUCACUGGGACGGAGAGACGCUCUAUCAGGAAGCUAGGAAAAUCAUGGGAGCCUUCAUACAGAUUAUCACCUUUAGGGACUAUCUACCCAUCGUACUGGGCGAUGAGAUGCAGAAGUGGAUUCCCCCGUACCAAGGCUACAAUGAGUCUGUAGACCCCCGAGUUUCCAAUGUCUUCACCUUUGCUUUCCGCUUCGGCCACUUGGAGAUCCCCUCCACUGUGUCUCGUCUGGAUGAGAAUUACCAGCCGUGGGGUUCAGAACCUGAGCUCCCCCUGCACACUGUCUUCUUCAACACCUGGAGGCUGGUCAAAGAUGGUGGAAUUGAUCCUCUGGUUCGAGGCCUGCUGGCCAAAAAGGCCAAGUUGAUGCAUCAGAACAAAAUGAUGACAGGGGAGCUUCGAAACAAGCUAUUCCAGCCAACUCACACCAUCCAUGGCUUCGACCUGGCUUCCAUCAACAUACAGCGGUGCAGAGACCACGGACAGCCUGGGUACAACUCCUGGAGAGCUUUCUGUGGCCUGUCCCAGCCAAAGACACUAGAGGAGCUGAGUGCUGUCAUGGAAAACGAGGUGCUGGCCAAGAAACUGCUAGACCUCUACGGAACGCCCAGCAACAUUGAUAUCUGGCUAGGGGCCAUUGCUGAACCCCUGGUCCAUGGGGGUCGGGUAGGGCCUCUCUUGACCUGUCUCCUGGGCCAGCAGUUCCAGCGGAUCCGAGAUGGAGACAGGUUCUGGUGGGAGAACCCUGGGGUCUUCACAGAGAAACAACAGGAGUCUCUGCAGAAGAUGUCCUUCUCCCGCCUCGUCUGUGACAACACUGGCAUCGACAAGGUCCCGCUGAAUCCAUUCCAUGCCAACACCUACCCCCAUGACUUUGUGGACUGCUCUUCAAUUGAUAAGCUGGACCUCUCACCCUGGGCCUCAGUGAAGGAGUAGGAACCCGCUGCCCACAGCUUCCUACAGUGCACAUGUCCGUGGUCCAAGAUGCCAUUUCAAACAAUUUCAAUGACCUACUCCUUUCAAGUUGGAUUCCAAGGCUAAAGCCUGCCUCAACCUUUCCAGCCCAUCCACUCAGCUGUCACUACCCUCGCCACCCUCUCAGCCUGACGAGACUUAGGCUUCUUAAGAUGUCCUUCCAGCCUGUCAGACAUCGCCUACCCUCUCCCUGAAUGAGCCCUGGCUGGGGCUGUGACCUUUGACUCUUAUGUUUCCUCCCAUCCUCCCAGACUAGAUCAUAAGCGUCCUGAGCCAGAGACUUCAGCCUACCUUGUGAGUAUGGUUUGUGACACUUAGCAUGGUGUUCAACACACAAAGUGCUCAAUAAACGUCCGACUGUCCCGUCCUAGGGGCAGGC